AUGAAGGCUAAGCUCGCCAAAGAGGUGGGCGCAGCUUUCAGAGACUGGGGCUUCUUCCACUGCAUCAACCACUGCAUCCCCAAAAAGCUGACGGACACAGUGACUGAGAAUCUGAAACUCUUCUUUCACCAACCAUUGGAGGAGAAGAUGAAGGUGCAGCUCGACUUGACUCACCCCGUCAGUUACAAUAACAAUUAUUUCACCAGCAAUGUGAGGGAUUGGGUCGAGAUAUACGACUACAUCCUCAAAGAUAAGAUCGAGGUGCCUGUAACGCAUGAACAGGAGGAUACCAUGAUUAUGCAGUUGCACAACCACAGGCCCGCCUACCCGCCGGGCUUCCAGUAA